AUAAAAACAUUUUUAAAAACUUUAUUAUUAGUGUGCUUCCACCAAAUCCCAGAUGAACAUCUGAUUAUCUUUAACUGACAAUCCAUGUUAUCCAUAAUUGUUCUGCGUCCUGUCUCACGUCAACUUUUUGCUCUCUCUCACUCUCUCUCCACCUCUCUUAGUCAUCCCAGGAUGUGUCAGAAUUUCUAUAGUUUUUCAAGGUCAUGCCCAGUGGAGCGGAGAAUGGCAAUCACCGGAGAGAAAGAGCAAGUGGUGCCAAACCACAGCUUUUUCCUGAACACACCCCCCUCAAACAGCCCAACCAACCUGCCCCCACCCCAGAGACACACCUCAGGUAGGGGGUAAACCACUCCUCACACCCGUCCCCUUGAACGCAAGGGGGUAUAAAUGGAGGUGCGAAAGAGGAGAGAGCGAUUCAGAGGACGAUCGGACAACCGAGAUGGAUCCCAUGGCGAGACAUAUCACAUUGAUGUUCUUCAUGGCCUGUUUGGUGUGGACGAUAUGUUCAGCAGCACCAAUGCAGUGUCACUUCAACUCUCAAGCUCUGUGUGAACAUGAUGGAAAGCAGUACUCUAUGGGAGAAAGCUGGAUGGAGCAGGGCUGUGUGCAGUGCACCUGUCUGCACCCCGUGGGAGUGGGAUGCUGCGAAACUGUGCAUCGGCCUGUGGACUUUCCUCCCUGGUGUGAAGUUCGAGUUGAAUCUCUGACCUGCCAGGUCAUGCUGGUGUUGACCUCUGAUCCUCGUCUGCCCUGCAUUCCUGGAGAAGACAACAAUGUUGACCCAAGACAUGGAGCACUCAACAUGAAACUAGAAGGUUAGCAUGGAAGAGGAAGCCUUCAAAUCAUAAAUCACCUGCCUGUCAGCUAACAUCUGUCUCACUGUUAAGUGAGAUGGGAUAUUACUCCUAUAACAACUGUAUUCUCAAAACAUAACCAUUACCAUUUAAGGAAGCAUUCUCAAUUUAAAGGAAGCAAGGAAGUGUUUUGACAUGUACAGCAUGUAGGGGAGAACAGAGAAAGCAUGUUUUUUGAAUCCUGUAUUGAGUAAGUGAUCAGUUCUUUUUAUUUGUAUGGAAUGGUGUGCAUUAUGUGUAUUUGUGCCUUUUCUGCCAUGUUAUUAUCACAUCGAACAGUAGCACUCGUAUGGCCUGUCAUUCUCUUUUACAGUUUCUUCUCUCCAUAGCCAAGAUGUUUUCAAGCUCUGAGAGCAAAAUUAAGUGUAUUGCUGAUUAAAUCAUUGCAAUAAAACUCUUUAUGAGACAAGUAAUAUUGUGAUUCGAUAAUAGAUUUUGUUCGUUGCUAAUUUUAAGCAGCAUAACCAAAGCUUCUUCUUAAUCAUGUAUGCACUACUGUAAAUAUCAGCUGACAAGCUUAGUAAUAUAUGUAACUGUUCACUAAUAAAUAUGUAUAUUAAAAAUA